AUGGGGCCUUUUGGUUUAGAAAAGAAAUCUACAAGAGAGAAGAAAAGAUGGGGUUUCGGGAAAUCGAAGCAUGGCGAGUUCAGUUCUUUCAUUCCCCUGUAUAGAGAACCAAGCAGCAUUGAGAAAAUACUUGAAGAUGCCGAAAAUGAGCAGCACCAGAGAUUGCAUUUGGUGCCCCCGAAGAAAAUUCAACAGUCUAAAUCACCUGCACUUCGGCCAGCAGUCAUCCCCAACUAUGUUCACAUUUCAGCAACCAGAAUUCAAGCAGCCUAUAGAGGUUACAAGGCGAGGCAGAGCUACGGAGCGCUGAGGGGACUAAUGCGACUUCAAAGAGUCAUGAGAGGGCAGCACGUGAAGCAUCAGACGAUGAACACCAUGCGAUGCAUGCAGAUGCUUGUUCGAGUACAGUCACAAAUACACAGCAGGAGGCUGCAGAUGGUGGAGAGCAGGAGCCUUCAACUCCACCACACUCCACGAAUGAGCGAAAAGGAGAUGGAGAGCAACUUUGGCGAAUGGAGCGUUGCUCACCAAACCGAAGCAGGAGGCUACGGAGAAUGGGACGAUAGCUUGCUCACCAAAGACGAGGAGGAAGCGAGGAUGCGAAGGAAGGUGGAGGCAGUCAUCAAGAGAGAGAGAGCAUUGGCUUAUGCUUAUUCCCAUCAGCUACUGAAGGUGACGCCCAGGUCAGCCGAGGCGAUGCUGACCGGCCUCCGGUCCGCCAGCGCCCCAUGGUGGUGGACAUGGCUCGAGCGGCAGCUCCCGUCCGACCAAGCGUACGCGGCGCCGCCAGUCGAAACGCCGCGCUUCCUCGCCGCGGGACUCCCGCGAGCCACGCCCGCCCCGGCCCCGGCCCCCCAGCAGCCGCACCGACACCGCUUGCGCCGCAGGCACGAGGACGCGGACGACGCGAGCCUCACAAGCUGCCCGCCGUUCGAGGUGCCCAACUACAUGGCGCCCACGGCCUCCGCCAAGGCCAAGGUGAAGGACCACCAUGCGAACCAGGAACCGAAGAAGAAGAGGUUCUCGUUUGCUCUGGGGCAGAGCAUAGGCUCCCUGUUCGGCGGCAAGGAGACAAUGGGUGGCGGAGGUUGCGGUGACGGCAGUGGCUGCGGGGCGUCGCAGAGGACGGAAAGACGAGGGAAGCACAGGUCGACGGUGUCGGUGGGUGGCAUGAGCAUCGACUCCAUCGUGUCGCUGCCUGCGGGCGCUGUUGCCGGGCGGAGGAGCUUCGUGUAGUUAUUCUUUGUGUGUUAUCUGACUUGUUUUGUUUUUGUUGUGUUUUCUGCUGUUUAUGUUUUUGGUAUCAACUCUCCCAUGAACUC